AUGGCCGAAUCAGAAGCAGACAAGAUCCGUAACAAGCGCCUUGCCAAACUUGGUGGCUCAGGCCCGUCCUCACCAGCACCAUCGUCUCCAAGUGUCGAGACCCCGCCAGCCGCAUCUUCGUCCGCCUCACAAGACAAACAGGCAGAGCCCGCGGGCAACCCUUUCUCACAGCUGGGCGUCAAGCCCGAGACAAAGACGCCUGUCAAGAUCAACAUCACAUCUUCUGCUGCUCAGAAGCGGCCCAACGAUGACUCGCCUCAACCAAGAUCGCGCCCACAAGCCUCGGAAUCCCUUGAGAUCUGGGAAGACCGCCAACUCAGCCAAAUUUUCCGUCUUUCGCUGAAACCUGACGUCGUCCGAGACGCUUCCUCGCAACCUUUGUAUUACCUUGAGAGUGUGCGAGGAGACCUGCUCGAACAGGACGAGCCACUUCAGCUCAAGACAAGCCUGCUGGACCAGGCUCUCCCCGAAGCUGCCGGCCUCCUAAAGAACAUCACCCCACUGGACUAUUUGCUGGCAUGUUGGAAGCGUAUAUCCAAAGCUUGCCGAGGCAUGAGGAGUACAGAUACCGAGAACCCGAGAUUCAAGGUCUUGAUGGAGGCCAGACGACUCUGCAUGAGUUACUGCAUCUUUGCCAUUACCAUGCCUGAGAUGUUCGGCUUCGAGACUCCACCGGAGAACGCAUUAGCCAAGCAUCUCAUUGCAGAUCCCCACAGCGAUUCUGGUAUUGAUCACGACUUCCUUAACGAGGCCGUCUCGCGUUUUGAGGAGGACGAGUCAAUCAAGGAUGCUUUAGUUGGUGCUGUCGAACAGCUCAGCAGGCAACUGGCUGCAAUGUCUAUGAACGACAUAGAGUACAAGUACUAUCUCACUGCUCUAAGAAACCUCAUCCAGUUCCCGAAGAUUAUCGAGGCGAUCACCCAAUCACCCGCUUUCCUUCCUGAGGGUGUCGCGGCACAGGAUAUCGAGAUGGUCACCAUUCUAGGUCCCUUCUUCCGUCUCUCACCCCUACAGAAUGGCGUCGCGCAAAGCUUCUUCACCACUCCCAGGUCAAAAGACAGGGCUUACAUCGCCAAUACCCAACGUUCGCUCCGCAUGACACUUAACACCCACCAGGAAGAGCUUUUUGCUAUUGCUGAUAAGAUCGUCAAAUCUGGAAAGGAGCCACGCGAGAGGCUGCUGGAUUGGUUCGCCCGCUGCAUGAACACCAACCACAAACGUCGUGCUAUGAGAGUCGACGAAAAGACAACAUCUUCAGAUGGCUUCAUGAUCAACAUCACGAAUUGUCUUGACAGACUUUGUGACCCUUUCAUGGAUGCUGCUUUCAGCAAAAUUGAGAGAAUCGAUGUCAAUUACCUGCGAAGAAAUCCCAGAGUUGACAUCUCGGAUGAGACGAAGAUGAACGCAGAUCAGAAAACCUCUGAUGCCUUCUAUGAGCAGAAGGUUGAUGGCACCAACAACUUCAUCUCCGAAAUCUUCUUCCUCACUGUAGCGGCUCACCAUUACGGUACGGAGGCAGCCAGUAGCAGGAUGGAAAGCAUGCAGAAGCAAGUCAAGCACAUGGAGAAAGAGCUCGAGAGGUUCGAGGCCGACAGACACAAAUAUGCGCAUGAUCCUAGAUACGCCACCCGAUUCGAACAGCAUCUGCAGAAGUACAGAGACGAGGUCGACAGAGUGCACAGCGUUAUCCAUGCGACUACUGGUGUAUUGCUCGACGAAGUUUCUCAAGCAAGAUCUAUGCAGUUCAUGAGAUAUGUCAUCGUCUGGCUCUUGAGUCUAGCAUCGGGGCAGAAUCUUCCAAAGGAGAAGCUGCGCCUACCCCUACCGGAAGAGCAGCCUGAAGUUUUCAGAUGUCUUCCUGAAUACUUCCUUGAAGACGUUGUCGACAACUUUAAAUUCAUCACCCGCAACAUCCCUCACAUCAUCACUUCCACUCAGUGCGAGGAACUUGCCACUGUUUGCAUCACCUUCUUGCGCAACACGAAUUACAUCAAGAACCCUUACAUGAAGGCUGGACUGGUCACCAUUCUGUUCCAUGGUGUCUGGCCUUUUGGCGGCUUCUCUAAAGGUGUUCUUGGCGACCUUCUCAAUGGCUCUGAGUUCUGUCACAAGCAUUUGUUACAUGCACUGAUGCAGUUCUACAUCGAAUGUGAAAGCACUGGAACACACACAGCAUUCUACGAUAAGUUCAAUAUCCGAUACGAGAUCUUCCAAGUGUUCAAGAGUAUCUGGUCGAACCCUCUGUAUCGAGAGAAUCUCGGAAAAGAGGCGCAAGUCAACACUGAGUUUUUCGUUCGCUUCGUCAACCUUUUGCUGAACGAUGUGACAUAUGUCUUGGAUGAGGUGUUCGGAUCGUUCACCAAAAUCCACGACUUACAAGAAGAACUGAAGGCCCCUGCAGAGAGUAUGGAACAGGCGAUACGACAGGAGAAGGAAGAAGCGUUGGCCGAACAACAAGGCCGAGCCAAGUCCUACAUGGGCCUGACCAAAGAGACUGUUGCCAUGCUUACGCUGUUCACAGAUGCUCUUGCUGGUGCCUUUACUAUGCCAGAAAUCGUGCAACGUCUUGCAGACAUGUUGGACUACAACCUUGAUGCGAUGGUCGGACCUCGACGCCGUAAUCUCAAAGUGGACCAGCCUGAACAGUAUGGAUUCAAGCCUCGUGAACUGCUUUCGGAUCUGGUGGAUGUAUACCUAAACCUAGCACAUCGCGAGAGUUUCCGUCAGGCUAUUGCUCGUGAUGGACGCUCAUACAAGCCCUCCAACUUCGCAGAGGUGAUGCAACUUAUGGAGAGCUUUGGCAUGAAGUCUCCGGAGCAGAUUAAGCAAUUCACUGCCUUGACUGACGCCGUGGCACUGGUGCACGCCCAGGAAGUCAUGGCCGAAGAAGACCUCGGCGAGAUCCCAGACGAGCUCCUUGACCCCAUCAUGGGCUCGUUGAUGGAAGACCCUGUGCUACUGCCCAGCAGUAAACAGAUCGUCGACCGCAGCACCAUUCGUUCGCACUUGCUCUCAGACUCUACCGACCCAUUCAACCGUGUACCACUGGCUUUCGAGGAUGUGGUGCCAGCUGAAGAAAAGAAGCAGGAGAUCUUGGCAUUUAUCGAGAUGAAGAGGAAGGAGAAGGCUGCUAGUAGUGCUGGCGACCCGAUGGACACAAGUACAUGA